CUGAAACACAACCACCCGUCGACUGGUCUCGUAGCAUCGCCCACACAGCAAAGAGACGCUAAAACCCGAAGGACGGUCCAACUUGCACUAGUCAGCAGCCGAGGAGAUGUAUCCCCAAAAGGUCUGAUUCAGACAUCUCUUCAGAGGAGCAUCCCGCCCGAAGAAUUCUCUCCGACAGGCACCCCGAUACAAGCCAGACAUGAUGCUCGGCUCUCUCAGAUAUGGGACAGCAGUUGGAUUGAUAUUACUAAACUCGCUGGUUCUUGCAACACAAGCCACGGAUGAAGGGAUCUUUACAAAUCAUCUCUUGGUUCAAUUGCAUGAAGGCGCACACGAUGAAGCUCACCAACUUGCAACGGAGCACGGGUUUCAAAGCUCCCGGAAGCUUCCCUUUGGAGAGGGCCUUUUUCACUUCUACCCCCAGGACACCCCUCAGAGGAGAAGCAAACGCAGCCUUCGCCACAGAGAGCGUCUGGAGAAAGACCGCAGGGUAAAGAAUGUGUUGGACCAGGAGGGCUUCGGCCGACAGAAGCGAGGCUACAGAAGCAUCAACGAAAUUGACGUCAAAAUUACCGACCCCCUAUUCAGCAAACAGUGGUAUCUGAUCAACACGGGCCAGGCUGAUGGGACCCCCGGACUGGACCUCAAUGUGGCUGAGGCUUGGGGACUGGGCUACACCGGGAGAGGCAUCACCAUAGCCAUCAUGGACGAUGGGAUCGACUAUCUACACCCAGAUCUUGCAUCAAACUACAACGCCGAGGCCAGCUAUGACUUCAGCAGCAAUGACCCGUACCCAUACCCCCGCUACACUGACGACUGGUUUAACAGUCAUGGAACAAGGUGUGCUGGUGAGGUGUCUGCAGCAGCCAACAACAACAUCUGCGGAGUGGGAGUGGCCUACAACUCUAAGGUGGCAGGUAUCCGCAUGCUAGACCAACCCUUCAUGACGGACAUCAUCGAGGCAUCGUCCAUCAGCCACAUGCCCCAGGUCAUUGACAUCUACAGUGCCAGCUGGGGCCCCACCGAUGACGGCAAGACAGUAGACGGCCCCCGAGAGCUCACUCUGCAGGCCAUGGCUGACGGAGUCAACAAGGGCCGAGGAGGGAAAGGCAGUAUCUACGUGUGGGCAUCUGGAGACGGCGGUAGCUAUGACGACUGUAACUGUGACGGUUACGCCUCCAGCAUGUGGACCAUCUCCAUCAACUCAGCAAUCAACGAUGGUCGUACGGCUCUGUACGACGAGAGCUGCUCCUCCACCCUCGCAUCCACCUUCAGCAAUGGGCGCAAGAGGAACCCUGAAGCUGGCGUGGCCACCACGGACCUAUAUGGAAACUGCACCCUGCGCCACUCUGGAACAUCAGCAGCAGCUCCUGAAGCAGCCGGAGUGUUUGCCUUGGCAUUGGAGGCCAACCCCAACCUGACAUGGAGAGACAUGCAGCACCUGUCUGUGCUGACCUCAAAGAGGAACCAGCUUCAUGACGAGGUGCACCAGUGGCGGAGGAACGGCGUGGGCCUGGAGUUCAACCACCUGUUUGGUUACGGUGUGCUGGACGCUGGCGGCAUGGUCAAGAUGGCCAAGGAGUGGAAGACCGUCCCUGAGCGUUUUCACUGCGUGGCUGGAUCAUUGCAGGAUGUCCAUAAGAUCCAGUCGGGUGACAAGCUGAUCCUGGCCAUCUCCACUGACUCCUGCCAGGGGAAGGACAACUUUGUCCGCUACCUGGAACAUGUUCAGGCCGUGAUCACCGUCAAUGGCAGUCGCCGUGGUGACCUCAACAUCAACAUGACCUCCCCCAUGGGCACCAAGUCCAUCCUACUAAGCCGCAGGCCCCGGGACGACGAUGCCAAGGUGGGCUUCGACAAGUGGCCCUUCAUGACUACCCAAACCUGGGGAGAGGACCCCCGCGGGACCUGGGUCCUGGAGGUGGGCUUCCAGGGAAACGAGCCACAGAGGGGGGUCCUGAAGGAGUGGACCCUCAUGCUGCACGGAACACAAAGUGCUCCUUACAUAGACCAGAUAGUGCGUGACUACCAGUCCAAAUUAGCCAUGUCCAAAAAGGAGGAGUUGGAGGAAGAGCUGGAUGAGGCGGUGGAGAGGAGCCUGAAGAGCCUGCUGAGUAAAAACUAGCUGACGUAGCUAACUAAACACCGUCUGGUCAGGUCAGCAUGCCGGGCCACUCUCUCUCUCUCUCUCUCUAUUUCUUUCUCUCACUCUCACUCCCCCUCUCUCAUCUCUCCUAUCUUUCUCUCACUCCCCCU